GCACGCUCGCUCAACUGGAGAGAGCGAACAGCUGAUUGGCUAUCGAUAGCAGUUGGAACUAUCGCACCGAACGAGAAGGAAAUCCAGUGUGAAAAAUGGACUUGCUGCAACUGAACGACGAUUGUUUGGAUAUUAUAUUUGGCUAUUUGAGUUUAGAGGACCUAGCGCCGCUGUACGAUGAAAUUCCCUGUUUUGGAGGCGCCAUCGAGAGACAACUGCAUCGAUUCAGGGACUUGAGGUUCAGCAUGAGGCAGCCGCCUGCUCUCCAGGAAGAUUUCCUGACUAAGCUGGGCGGCCAGCUGAACAGCCUGCACAUCAACGUGGGCUACUCCACCAAGGACGAGGCCGUACUCCGGUACCUGAGGCCACUGUGCCAAGGGGCCGCCGAGAGCCGCAGGAUUAGGGCUCUGAAGUUGGACCAUGCCAAGUGGUCGGCGGAGAUAGUGGGCACUGUGGGCCAGGUGGUUCCAUCGCUGCUAUUUCUGGACAUGCGUCACUGCGAUGUGCGAGACUACCAGAUAGCACAGCUCUUGCAAUCGGCAGAUAAGCUGAAGGCGCUCGCUCUACUCCACAUUGACAAUCAGACGGGUGAUUCCUAUCUGCAGCCGCACGUACUCAACAGAUUGCCAUCCCUGAAGCUCAUCCACCUAACCACCUUAGGCUCCAUGGGCUUUUCCCCCGAGAAUCUGACCCGGCUGUGCCCGAACCUGAGCUUCCUCGUCAGUGACCUGAUCAAAGGAGAUUUCAAGAUAUAUGGCCCGCCUGCCUACAUACAGAACUACUAUAAGUGCUAUAAUGAGUACUUCAAGAACGCAUGAGCUCAUGUGGCGCAUUUUGCAGAGAUCUCAGUGGAAUUGGAUUUUAUAUUUAAUAUGAACUCACUCCUUUUGUAAAUAUUUUUGUCUUUUACUAUGCAAGAGAUUGCGAAUGCAUUUAAAAUAU